AGUGCAGAGGAGCAUUAAUACAUCUACAAGCUAAAGAGGAAACUCUGGCUGGGGCAGUGCGCGGAGCUCCGGCUGUCGGUGGCGAGCGUCAGCGGCCCGAACGGCAGCGCCGGUGGCGGCUACGGCGGCAGCGGCACAACGGGCAAAAUACAAUAGAGGCAGCAACAGAAGGGAGCCCCGGUGGUCCUCUCUCCCAUAAACACACUCCCCUUCACCUUCCCCUCAGCACCGCGCGCGGUGCCGCCCGGUGCCCGAGGCCGCUCGGACUGCUAUGUAACCGCGAGACUGCUGGAGGAAGGGGACCGGGGAGAAGAGGCUCGCCCGUGGGAGGCCGUGGGGGCCAAGUUUGCGGCCACUUCUGCACGCGCUUCCCUUAGCCCCCGCUUGCCCCCUCCUGCAGCCCAACUGGCCCGGGUCCCCCUCGCCUCCUCCUCGCGUGCCCAGCAGCCGCGGUUCCCGGCGACCAUGGUGACGGUGGAGGAGCUGCGGGAGAUGGACUGCAGCGUGCUCAAAAGGCUGAUGAACCGGGAAGAGAACGGCGGCGGCGCGGGCGGCAGCGGCAGCCACGGCGCCUUUGGGCUGCUGAGCGGCGGCAAGUGCCUGCUCCUGGACUGCAGACCGUUCCUGGCGCACAGCGCGGGCUACAUCCGAGGCUCGGUCAACGUGCGCUGCAACACCAUCGUGCGGCGGCGGGCCAAGGGCUCGGUGAGCCUGGAGCAGAUCCUGCCCGCGGAGGAGGAGGUGCGCGCCCGCCUGCGCUCCGGCCUCUACUCGGCGGUCAUAGUCUACGACGAGCGCAGCCCGCGCGCGGAGAGCCUCCGCGAAGACAGCACCGUGUCGCUGGUAGUGCAGGCGCUGCGCCGCAACGCCGAGCGCACCGACAUCUGCCUGCUCAAAGGUGGCUAUGAGAGGUUUUCUUCCGAGUACCCAGAAUUCUGUUCCAAAACGAAGGCCCUGGCAACCAUCCCACCUGCUGUUCCCCCCAGCACUGCUGAGUCCUUGGACGUGGGCUGUGGCUCCUGUGGAACCCCGCUGCACGACCAGGGGGGUCCUGUGGAGAUCCUUCCCUUCCUCUACCUCGGGAGUGCCUACCACGCUGCCCGGAGGGACAUGCUGGACGCGCUGGGGAUCACGGCCCUGUUGAAUGUCUCCUCCGAUUGCCCGAACCACUUUGAAGGCCACUAUCAGUACAAGUGCAUUCCCGUGGAAGACAACCACAAGGCAGACAUCAGCUCCUGGUUCAUGGAAGCCAUUGAGUACAUUGAUGCCGUGAAGGACUGCCGCGGCCGGGUGCUGGUGCACUGCCAGGCGGGCAUCUCGCGCUCGGCCACCAUCUGCCUGGCCUACCUGAUGAUGAAGAAGCGGGUGAGGCUGGAGGAGGCCUUCGAGUUCGUCAAGCAGCGGCGGAGCAUCAUCUCGCCCAACUUCAGCUUCAUGGGGCAGCUGCUGCAGUUCGAGUCCCAGGUGCUGGCCACGUCCUGCGCCGUGGAGGCCGCCAGCCCCUCGGGGCCCCUGCGGGAGCGGGGCAAGGCCACCCCCACCCCCACCUCGCAGUUUGUCUUCAGCUUCCCGGUGUCGGUGGGCGUGCACUCGGCCCCCAGCAGCCUGCCCUACCUGCACAGCCCCAUCACCACGUCCCCCAGCUGCUAGGGCCGCUCGGAGCCCCCCACCCCCACCCCGCGAGCCCGCCGGCCCCGCGGGGACUGACCAGCGUGGGGAGCAGGUGGCCAAGCUCCUCCCCCUUUGCUCCUCCUGGGCCAGCCUGGGGCCAGCUAGAAUGGCAAUAAGGACUUCGAAUACACCUACUACGAGCAAACAAAACACUCCAACCUAGAGCAAUAACGGCUGCGGCUGCCUCAGCGGGCAGAGAAGACCUUGGUUUGGUUUGUGUGUCUGUUACUUUUCAGAUAGGAAUUUCUUACCUCAUUUUUUUAAGCGGUAAGGCUUGAAGUUAGGAAACCCACAGAUCCUGGCAAAUGUGCCCACCCAGUUUUGUUAAGGUGGGGGGGGAGGCGGGUGGGAGUGGGAAAGGGACAAAAAGAAAACAAGUUUGCCAGAAGUGCCUGGUUCUGUGUGCUUCGUCCUUUUUUUGUUCUUGUAACAGGUUUUUUUUUUUUUUUUUUGGUUGUUUUUGUUUUUUGGUCGAUGUUUUGUUUGUGUUCUUUGAUGAAAUCUUAUAGGACGUGGUUUUCCUUUUGAAGUCACCAACAGGUGAAUAAUUAUGCUUCGUAAUAAAUAAAAGUAUUUAUUAAGAACUUCCUCAGAGUAUGUAA